UAGCUAUAAAAGCAGGACUUAAAACUACGUGACUAACACUCCUGCGAUCGAGACAACAUUCAGAAAAUGUUCAAGGUAUUUUUACUUGCGACGAUUGUUCUAAGUGUGUACGCAAAAGAAGGCAGGCAUAACCGCCUAGAAAUACAGCAGAACUCCAAAAUCUUCAAACAGCUGUCUCGGACCUGGUCAACUAAUAAAAUCACUCCAACAUCGAUAGAAAGUUCUGAAAAAGUGUGCCCAAAUCUGGCAAUCGUCAAACAAACAUUUGAUGUAAAUGAACGCUCCAUCUCCCCCUGGCGAUACAGCAUUAACGAGGACCAUCAGCGGAUUCCUGAAAAGAUUGCAUUUGCUCAAUGUCUGUGUAGCGGAUGUAUUGAUAUAAGAACUGGACAUGAGACAAAUGCUUUGAAUUCAGUAGAGAUUAACCAGUCAAUGGUGGUGAUGAGGAUGAAAGAAAAUUCAUCAGAUCAGAAAGAGAGCAAGAAGAUCUGGACUGUCGAGCGCAUUUCAGUUCCAGUGGCCUGCAUAUGUGUCAGGCCUAAAAUCAAUCCCUGAGGUUUAACCUUUUUAAAUAAGGAGUCAUAUUAGGUUUCAAAAGCCUUAUGUGUUGUGUUUGUUUUAAAACACAGAAUGUUUCCUAUUUAAUGGGUCAUAUUAACUCAGUAUGUUGCUUAUAUUUACUAAGCGUGAAAUGUAAUGCCUGUCAGUAAAGGUGCUUACUGUUUAAUAUUAAUAUAUUUAUUUGUUAUUAUUAUAACUUUCAAUGGAAGAAACAGAAAAUUGUUUAUUAGUUAAAGGGCCCUUAUUUGUAAUCCUCAUAUUUUAUGUAGAGGAAGUAACGCAAGUCAAUGGUAAGAGUGGAUCUGGUUGUUUCCAUUCCACUCACCUAACCACCACAAACCAUUACCAGUCUAAUAUUUCCAGCCUAGAAAAAGAAUUGAAAAGUUAACCAUUAUUGGAAGAUAAAAUCCCAAAGCAUUGUUCCCAACAAAAUAUUUAGUCAUACUUUUAUUUUAUACAUAUUUUUUCUGAGAAGGUAAAAUGGAAAUUAGGCCUUGUCAUUUUCUUGUAAUAGCACUAUUUCAAAAUACUGUAGCAAUGCUGUGAUAACUUAUUUAAGAUUUGUCUUGUGUGUGUGAUAAUAAUGUUGCAUGUCAUUUUCAAUCAGGGAGGGGACACAGUGAAAACUGUUUUUCAUUCCAGGCAAUCUUAUUGCCAGUAGUUCAAAUUACUCUUGUGAUUCAGGCAAGGCAGUUGUGGUCAUGUAGCUUCAGGCUUUUGUUUCAGACAAUUUCUUAAUUAGAAUUGAAUUAUUUAGAUUUAUAGAGCAUGUUUAAUUAGUUGGUUUGUUCAUUUUUUUAUGUUUAACUCCUUCCAGCCUAUAUUUUAUUUUUCUAUGAAAAUCGACAACAUAAUCUGGAAGGCAUAAGAACUCCUACAUUUUUUUAAAACAUUGUAUUUAAGUAAGUUACUUCAAGAUGAACAGACAUACAGAUUAAAACUUAGUUGUUUAUUAAUUAUCUUUGGAGGAAAACAACAGAAAAAAUGUAAUUCUCAAAGAGAAGUUAAACUAAAAUGAUGGGAAAGAAAAAAAAAAAAGACUGGAAAUUAAUAUAUUUCCCUGCACUCUUAAGCCAGGGCAGUAGUAAGCCUUCUCUGAGUUUCAGAGUAAUGGCAGAUUAUGAUUGAUUACCAGACACAGCAAACAGUGCUAGGGAGAGCAAUCUAAUUUUAGAAAAAAGCUAAUUUAACAGGAUUACUGUUUAAGAAAAUUAUUUGGAACAAAAUCCCCAUUAACAACAAUAUUACAACAGAAUAGUUGUCUUUUCAAGUGAUGAUGUUUUGCAUCUCCUAGAUGUAUCCUAUUAGUUAAUACCGGUGUGAAUGAUAAGCAUUUAAUUAUAAAUUCUAAAUAAAAUAGUAGAAACAGUAGACUUAGGCAACUAAGACCACCAGAAGCAUAAAACAUUGCAAAGCUGGUUAAAAAUGCCCUAUUCAGUGUGCCUGUUUGAGCUUUCCCCCAAAUGGGCAGACAUCUUGAACUCUUAAACCCUGUCUUAGAAAUGAUGAGUAGUUUAGAAUUCUACCAAUGCUUUUCAUUGAUGUUUGGGCACUAAAUGUAAAACAUAAAUACUAAUGUAUUUUGAAUAAUGUUCAAUUGUGGGCCAACAAUACAAUAAGUAUAAUGACCACAAAACCAUGUGUAGAAAAAAAAAAGAUUAUAUAUUUAUAGUUUUUACAAUACAACACAAUGUG